AUGGCGGAACCUGCGAGAAACAUGGAGGUGGAGAAGCUGAUCUCCUACACCGAUGACCUCGUUAAGGUAUUGAUGGAACCGCGCGACCUCAACAACCUCACCUAUUCUCUCCAACAAAACCUCUCCCUUUCUUCCUCUGUCCACUCCCACCUUCACCACGUUCGCUCCUCCCUCCAAGAUUAUGAGAAAAAAGUGGAUGCAUGCAAGCAGAAAAUAGAGGAAGCUAGAUCUGAGACUGCUGCUGAUGCAGACCUGGACCUUCUGCAGAGAGAACUGGAGGAAGAACUUGAAAAAGAACGCUUGUUGAAAGAAGACACAGCCAUCAGCGACGAGUUUAAUGAUCUAGAACAGCAAUGGAUUUCUGUCCAAGAGCAAAAGAAGAGCUUACAGAAAAUUGAGAAAACUAAACUAAGGACACAGAUGAUACUUUCAAUGUAUGCUUCUGUGACAAAUAUUGUGCCUAACUUGGAUGAGCAGUCCAAAAUUUCAGGCUAUAUUGUGGAAAAGGAUAAAGAUGCUGUUGAGAAGUUUGACUAUGAUACCUCUAAGAUGACUACUCUUGAUAUAUGUAAUGAUAUUUGGAAAUUGGUCUCAGCAAAUAUGGAAUUAAUACUUGCAAAUGGUAGGAUAUGGUCUCGUGUGGCUUUAUAUUGA